UGAUCAUCAUCCAUCAAUUAAUCUAUAUUGCCUUUUCAGUCAUACCUACAGCAAAAGAAAAGUCCAUAUCCCUGGGUCUUUCCCAUUACCAAAUCACAGCCUUACCCACAUCAUCCCAAUGUCCGCUUCGCAGAGCCCGAUUCCGACUCGCGACCAGCUCACGGGGUUAGCGCGAAGCUAUUUCAAGGCAGUGGAUGCCAAGGACCUCGACGCUGUGUUGUCGUACUUCGCCCCGGACGCGACAUUCACCAUCGAGACUGCUCAUGUCACAGCGACUGGUCCCGACGAGAUCCGCCGCGUGUUCGCCGACUUCCUGAAUAACACCAAGCAUAUGCGACAUGACAUAACAAGUCUUAUGGUCGAUGAAACGAAUGGAAGGGUCGCAACGGAACAUCACUUUACUGGCGAGCAGUUGGAUGGGUCAAAAGAUGAUAUGCACAACUGUAACUUCUUUGAUGUUGGCGCGGAUGGAAAAUUUACGCGAGUGGUUGUUUUUAUGGGAGGCGCGAGCCCGAUGAAAUAAGGAGAUGCACCAAUUUGGACACAUGUAUAGCGUGGAACCAUGCAGCAAAGGCUUUGAAGCCCGGUAUGUGUCGGCUCUCAAUAUUACAUCUUCCUUAUCAAUUCUGAUAGGUUAUAAAGAAUAGGUUGUGGAAUGUUACCCUGCGAGGUUGUAUAACCUGUGGUUCUUAUAUUUAUUAGAGUCCAUACUCGUAUAUCAAUCAUUGCUGGGAUAACCUUAUACAUACUAUUCAAGCUGUCCUUUAAUCUGAUGUUAGGGCGGAUGGGGCUGCUUUCUGAAUACGGGUCACCGCAGCAAGCAACAAUGAUGAUGUUUUCUAUCAACAAGAAUGAGUCCAAAUUCACCCUUCGGCCUCACAGACCCUUUCCAUUGUAAGAUCCAAUAUUCGGC